CCUAAAUCUUUUAACACCGACAAAAGUGCUUCGUUUCGCUACAAAGUUGUGCUUAAAAAAUAGCUGAGAGCGACCAUGAGCUCGGCCGACGAUAUGCCGUCGCUGUCAGCCGCUAGAAAGCGCGAAAAGUCCAGCUCCAGCAGCGAGUCCUUGUCACAGCCAUCGACCACGCCGCCGGUCGAACCACGUCCUUCUACCAGCAAUGGACACGAAAGUGGUCACUUUCUGGGUAGACACAGCCAGGAACACUCUGAGCCCCACUCGUCGGGCCAACUGGGCAAACAUCACAGCCGUCGUCCCAGCUUGGGGCUCAGUAAUCCAGAUAGUCAGGGUUCCACCAGCGAAGGACGCAGCUCCACCAGCGGUGAACGCAACUCUCACGGUGAUAGUAUACGACGACUGUCUACUAUGCGCGAUCGCGUCCUAGUGUCCAAUGCCAAUUCCAUGGCCCGGGGAAUGUCCUUCAGCGAGCUGGAUGACACAGCAACAACCAGUUCCUCCUCGUCGCCACAUAUGAAUGGCCAUGAUCACAAUAGCACCACUGAUGAUCAGCAGCAGGCUGGCAUAUCCAAUGGAUCUCGCAAGAAGAAAAAGAAGAAGAAGAUCUCACGUCGUUCCUCAUACGAUGGCAAUCUCAUUGGCUGGACUGGGAAGUUCCCCAAUUUCUCCACAUCCACAGACCAGGUGCUCGAUACCAAUCCCAGCCUGGAUGCUCAGACGUCCGACGACCUGCGGGCCCUAAGCAGACGUGGUCUAAUGGUGUACCCCAGAGAGGCACAGGGAUCGGAGGCAGCAGCUGAAACAGAAGUAGCAACAGCAGCAGCAGCAGCAGCAGAGCAAACUCGAAAUCCCCGACCGCAGCAGCAGCAGCAGUCUCUUCUUGCAACAUCUCCAUCGCCGAUGUCAUCGCCGAUCGAGUCCUCUCUGUCCCCUAACUCUGAAUUGAAUAGGAAUCUGACACCAGGACCAGAAACAGGACGAGUACCUGAACUUGAACAGCAUGAACCGCCAAGUACACAUAAAACACCGACACCACGUAUCAGUCCCACCUGCGAAGCAGCGGCAGCACCAGUAGCAGCAGCAGCAGCAGCAGUAGGCACUCCCCGUGAGAAGAACGUUACAGAUGAUGCUAAGGAGCAGCAGUCACAGGUUGCUAGUCCUAGCACCUCAAGUGUAUCUGGCAAGCGUCAAGCCAGCCCGCUUAUAAAUCAAGUCCAGGAGGAGGUAAACAAGGAGGAACUACAUAAGAAGCCUUCUAAGGAGGAGGACAAGAAUCAAUUAUUACCGCCGUUAUCCAAACGCAAGAAGACCGCGAAACAUUCAUCGUCCAUCCGUUCACGGUCUCGUUCCAAGUCUUUAAAUAUCGAGAAUGCACCACUUAAGCAGGCGCCUGAAACCUCACGCUCUAAAAGCCAAGAAUGGGAUAUUAUUGACCUGUCCUCACCAGAACCGGUAGCCAAGGAAGAGCCUCCACCACCUCCGCCACCGGAAACUUACUUCAAUGUUAAGGCCGAUUCGCCGUCGUCUCCAAGCGUAACUAAGUCCGAGACGCCUACUCCUAAGGCAGUGAAGCCCGAGAUGUCUUCCCCAAAGGUGGCCAAGCCUGAGUCGCCGUUUACAAGCCUUGCUGAGCCUGAGGCACCAUACCCAAGCGUUGCUGAGCCUGAGGGAUUAUACCCAAGCGUUGCUGAGCCUGAGGCACCAUCCGUAAGCGCUGCAGAACCUAUUCCUCUAAGCGUGACGGAGACUUCUCUAAGCGUAGCCGAACCUACUCCUCUAACCAUAGCGGAGCCUUCUCUAAACGUAGAGGAGCCAAUAUUGCCGUCUAACGACACCAUGUCCUCCACAACGAAGCGAAAGGCUACAGAUAAGUUUUAUCGCCUCCCCUUUGCCUACGGAUGGCGUCGCGAACUCGUCUUGCCCAGUUUGAGCAAUCCCAAGCGUCGCACGGGCGAUGUCUUCUUCAUCUCACCCGCUGGUCGUAAACUGCGCUCCCGCGAGGAUAUAAUACCGCUGCUAGAAGGUGGUUUGACCAUUCAACAUUUCUGCUUCCAACGUGUACCACAGGAGGCAGGUCCCCAGUACGAGCUAGUGCGUCGCGCCAUACCUGCAACGCACCGAUCCAAGCAAAACGAAACCACGGCUCAGGUAUAUCCGCAGGAGCCGGCAGUGACUGGAAAGCGUGUGCCCAAGCCCAAGGUACCGAAGGGUGCCAGUCCACCGAGCGAGGGUUGGACAUCCACGGCGGCGGUCAAGGGCAAAGUCCGUGGUGUGUUCUCGAGCUCCUCGAGCAAUGGUGGGAAUCAGGCAGCCGGACCAAGCGCCCCGCGAAAGCGUCGAUCGAUAAAGAAGAGGGAGCCUGUUUUGAGCGAGGCUCAGCAGCAGCAGCAGCAGCAGCAGCAGCAGCAGCAGUUGCAGAUGCAGAUGCAGAUGCAGCCACAUGUAGAAGAGAUUUCUGAUGACAGCGAUGAGGAUAAUGAUGAAACCGUCAGUAGCAGCGGCAGUGUUAUAGAGAUUGCCGAGGAAAUUGAGCUGCCCGGCCAACUGCCACCGGCUAACCUCUUAGAAGAACAGCAGCGGGAGCUGGACCAGCGCCCAUUAAGGGAUAUGGAUGUGGUGGUUAUUGGUGGUCGCAAGGCUAUAUUUGUUCGUGGCCCACCGCAGGCUCCACCUGUCAAACUGAUUCCACGCCCGCCAGACCUAACCAGCUACGAUCGCAUCUACAGGAAGCGCAUUCAAGACAAGAGAAAUGGCCAGACGCUGGCCAUCAGCCUGAACGAUGCCCAUAUUGGGAUUAAUGUUCUUGUAGCAGUAAUGAAAACCAUGACCUUGCAGGAACGUUUAACAAUGGCUCAAGUGUGCACCACCUGGGCAAUGGUUAGCCGCGACAAACGCGUGUGGAAUAAGGUCAUCUUGCGGGAUACGCAUGUGAAGAAUUGGAUGAAGUUACUCAUGGCAAUGGCACGCAAUCGCACUCGCGAGCUGGAUAUGAUGGGCAUGAUUAUGGAUCCGGCAAGACUUCGCUUUACUGGCGACAUGCGCAUACUGAAGUCAUUGCGUGUACUGCGCACCGAUCCCACCACGAAUGAGUUUAUAAAGCUGGUCUUAUCAAAUCUACCGAAGCUGCAGGAACUGCGAACGACCUGCGUAAGUUCCCACCUGCAUUUGGGCCGCCUGGCGAAGAUGCGCAAGUUGCGAGUGCUGCGUUUAACUAUGACGUAUCCGAAGGCUAAUAUUCUCUACCUAGAAAGCGUAGUGAGCCUGGUCAACCUCACCGAACUGAGUAUCCGUGGUGUGUCCAAUUUGAAGCCGUUGGACCUAAUGCGUCUGAAGAAUCUGACCCGCUUGCAGGUCCUGGGACUGGGCUCCUGCGAGCAACUAGACCGUGAGCAGCUCGGCCGCGAGGUGCUGCCCCGUCUGAAAGCCCUACACACGCUUCGCAUUGAGAACGAUCAUAAGGCCAUGGCCAUGUUUCCGGUGGAUGACAUUUUGUGUGGCGUAGCCUUGGCCGGAGGCGUACAACGCCUCGAGCUGAUCAACGUGGAUGUGGACAGUGGAUUUGGCCUACUCCUCGCCAACUGCAGUUCUGUGAAGCGUCUACUCCUCGCGCCCAAGUGCCUGCACAAUACGGCCACCAUGACCAAUGCCGUAAUGCAGGCCAUCAGGGAUAAUGCAAAUCACUUGCUCGUCUUUCGCCUGAUCCUGGUCACCCAGCUGCUGAGUGCCACCGAAAACCUGUACAAGGGAACGCAAAAGAACGUGAUACCAGUGCAGCGUCCCGUGCCGGGCAUACCCCCUGGCGAUCCCCUCAAUCACUGCAUUUUGGAGGACAACUGCCAUGAGAAGGAGCACACCCAGUGCGUUGCUUUUCUGCCAGUCGAACGUCUGGAGGCGAUUCUUCACGAAAUGAUGCCAAUGGGAUGCCUAUCGGUGGCCAAGGUGGCCAUGUCGGAGACCACAAAUAUGCAGUUUCUGGAACCCGGCGCCUCCGAGAAUACCUAGCCUCAUGGAGAGCAGGUGCAGCAGGAUGUAGAGCAGCUGCAGCAGGAUGGAGAGCAGGUGCAGCAGGAUGGAGAGCAGCUGCAGCAGGAUGGAGAGCAGCUGAAGCAGGAUGGAGAGCAGCUACAGCAGGAUGGAGAGCAGCUACAGCAGAAUGGAGAGCAGCAGGAAGUUGUAUAAGUUAGCCAUGUAUCGGUGGCUAAGGUGGCCAUGUCGAAGGCCACAAAUCUGCAGUUCCUGGUACCCGGCGCCUUCGAGACUACCUAGCCCCAUGAAGAGCUGGUGCUGCAGGAGGGAGAGAAGCAGGAAGUUGUAUAAGUUAGCCAUGUAAUGAGACACACCAUCACCCAACCCACCCCACAUCAUCCCAGUAGCAGAGAAAGUCAAGACUGAGUCUUCACGAGCCAUCAUCACCUUACACACUAAGCGAAUCGAAAUGGGAGGUUAAUUUUUUGUUUUAAUAUGCAUUUUCUUUUUCAUUCUUCUUGUCCAGCCUGCCUCCUCGAGGUGUGGGUCUGGUCAAAUGCAACACCUGGAACACCUUGUGUAUACUUUAGUUGAUUAGCAAACUAAGACGCCACAGCAAUGCUGUGUAAAAGCAACUAUGAAUGUAAAAACAAAACAAAAAAGAAAGAAACUAAUAAAGACGAGGGUGGGAUUAAAAUACAAUUAAAGACAAAUUAAGGUAUAAUAUAACCAGGAGGGCAAAGCCUGGUAAAGAUCGAUACGAUCUCUAAUUUUUACACCCCUGCAGGGUAAUAGAUUUUAGUAAUAGGCAACCAACCUUUGUUUUGGAGGAAUAUUCCUUCCCACAAACUUGACAAGCUUGUUGCUUGUUUCCAUACAAAAAGGUUGUGUUUUUUAUUAUUGCAAUUAAAUAUAAGUUUCUUAAUAAUAAAUCUCCAAAAAUAUACAGUA